UUGAAAUCAGUGCUUUUCCGAAUUCCGUUGCGGGUAGUCGCUUGGUUUUCUGAAUAUCACGAAUUAAUUAUUACUUGUGCGUGUGUUUAAGUGUUACUUAAAUAUUCUCUUAUUUUUAUCAUUUUGGACUCGUUUUAAUAAUUUUUAUUUCGAAUUUACGUUUUUUUUUCUAAAUCUAUUUGUGCUGUGUGUGAAUUAUAAUUCCACACAUUUCGACUAAAAGUGCUUGAACAGAUCAAUCUAUAUCUUACCGAAAAUAUGAUCUCCACUUGUAAACUGGCUGGGCGCGCCACCACCGCUCGGGAGAUGGACGCUGCGUUGGCACUUCUCCAGCUGCACGACCAAGCCCCACACAGGGCUCAAGAAUUGCCGCUAAUUGAGAACGGUAUGGACAUGGAUGACACAGCCACGGUAGCAUUGUAUUUGCUAAGAAUGUUCGAGCCAGCCAACGUCGAAAGCACCGCUGCCGUGAGCCAGCCCGGUCCUGUCGCGAGUUCCACACCGAAAGUUAAGAAGACAAUUUUAAAAAACAGAAACGCGAACUCUGUGGCUAAUGAUAAUCUGGUACCAAUAGGAUUGGGACAUGCCAAAGUCCCAUCCCAAUUACUGAACAGCAUUCGUUGGACUCCAAAAACAUAUACGAGCGCCACACGAAAGCUAUUGAUGGCAGUGUUUCCACGAAGCGUGCUGGCAACCCAUUCUUUGACGGGUAAGGCUUCUCCAGCCUUCCAGUACAAGCCAGCUAAGGAGAAACUAAAUGCACAGCUUGUGGAUGACAUUGUGCAUACCGUGGUGUCGAAAUGUGGCGUUGCGGCAAAUCUUGUGCGCACUAGCAUCACAACAAAAUGUGCAGAUGAGAGCAAAAUGCUUCGCUCUCGUCUAAAGAAGCAGACUAACAGUCGAAAAAAUCUCGAGAAUAGGGCACCGCGAUCUACGUCAGAAUCUAAUUAAACUGGAGUCCACAACUGAAGAACGUCGUCGCGCCGCGGAAAUGUGAAACCGAAAGUCAGAAAGACAAUGUUAAAAAGUAGAAACGUGAACAUUAUGGAUAAUGAUAAUCUGGUACCAAUAGGAUUGGGACAUGCAAAGGUUCCAUUUCGCUUCCUGAAGAGUAUUCGUUGGACUUCAGAAAGACACAAGAAGCCACAAGAAAGCUGUUGAUGACAGUGUUUUCAUGAAGUUAAAUAAUAGUACCUUUAAGUUUUGUUACAAGAAGAAACUAAUAAUGCCCAGUUCGUUGAAGACGUUGUGCACGCCGUGGUGUCGAAAUGUGGCGUUGCGGCAAAUCUUGCCCGUACUAUUUUCACAAACAAAACGUGCAGAUGAGAGCAAAAUGCAUCGCACACGACAAAAUAAAAAGAUCAAACGAAAAAUUCGCGAGAAUAGAGGCCUCUUCCGACGACAGAAACUGACAAAACUAUAGUGUACCUUACAUCCUGAACAACCAAAAUUCGCGUCGCGGAAAUUUGUCCUAGGUUAAAAGUGGCGGCAGUGAAGAUCGGUUGAGGACUUGAGGUUGAGCCAGUAGGCAGAUUUCCCACACGAGCUAAUGCAUUGGUACCAACGAGAUGGGGAUAUGCCAAGGUCUCGGUUACUCAAGAGCAUCCGUUGGACUAAUGUUGGACACCAGAAACAUACACUAGCGCCACAAGAAAGCUGAUGGCAGUGUUUUCAUAAAGAAACCGGAAGUCAGAAAGUCAGUUUUAAAAAGCAGAAACUUAAACACUAUCUAUAAUGAUAAUAUGCUAAGAUGUUAUAGGUUGGUUCCGCUGGCGGGAGUGAAGACCAGUGAGGACUUGAGGUUGAGGCAGCAGGCUGAUUUCCCAUACGAGCUAAUUAAUGCAAUGUUAAGUACCUAGCUAAAUAUUCUUUAGAUCUUGUACUAAGUAUUUUUAAUAUCUGUAUAGUAGUAAUUAUAAUAAAAAACAAAAGUUCAAAUGUAAUUAGGCAGUAGGUCUGCCUAAUUACAUUUGAACUUUUGUUUAUUUUUUUUUUAAAUUGAUUUUAAAUUCCUAGAUAUAAAUCUAGUUAAGGCUACCACUAAUUCUGCAACAGAAGAUGCUAAUCAGAAUGAAAAAGUAUAUUUUCUAUAUAGUUUAACUGAACUAGUAUGACUCUUCUUCAGGUGUUCCAGAUCUUAGAUUUUUAUACAUCAACAGAAAAUGCUCAUCAGACUGACCAACUUUUGUUAAGGCGCUUUUGUCAUAUCUGUUAUAGUGUAGCUGGUGGCUGUUGGAGUUCAUCAUCAGGUGUUCCAUAUCCUCGAUUUUUAUACGUCAUCAGAAAAUGCUCAUCAGACUGACCAACUUUUGUUAAGGCGCUUUUGUCAUAUCUGUUAUAGUAUAGUUGGUGGCUGUUGGAGUUCAUCAUCAGGUGUACGUCAUCAGAAAAUGCUCAUCAGGGCGAACAAUUUUUGUUAAGAUAAGAUCGAGUUUAUUGUGCAUUCGUUUCGAAGCGAACAACCAGAAAGAAAACUGUCCUUGAAAAAUUAACUUAGGGAAAAGUGCCUGUUAUUAAAAUCAAAUGAAUAAAUGCUUUUUAAUGUAUUUUUUUAAAUUCAAUGCAAUAUAUAUAUUAACCCUGUUUUCUAUAUAUUUUCCUUUCAUCAGCACUUGAUCACAAUCAUAAUAUGUUUCAGUAUACCUUUUAACCAUGUACUUUAUUGUGUAGGUACUUACAUGUUAUAUUACUGAUAAAAAAUUAUACAUAAAUUUAUAUUUAAAAAAUGGCAAGCCCUUCUGGCAUAAUAGGGACCAACACUGUUUGAAUGAGUUUCUUUCGGCAUUUCUUCUCAGCAGUGGUCGUUCCGAAAUGCUAGUAGUUUGUAGCUUUGGUAAACAUCAUUUAAUUUAGAAUAUGACGUGAAAAAAUGCCUGUGAAGGCC